UCGCGUCGCAUUCUGUCUCGACCGCCGCACGCAGCACCUGCGCAAGCGCACGCGCACGACUCCAACGCGAACUUUAUAACGUUUUAAAUAUGUUUUCGUUUACAGUGCUGAGGUGAAAAAUUUAUUUUCAAUUGUUUUUAUAGUGAACCAAAGUGUAUUAAGGUGCGAGAAAGUGAAGGAUUAAUUUGUUUCGAUCGAGUUCAACCCUCUAACAACUCAAGAUGGGUUGCAAAUUAACAUUCGUCGAUGAUGUACUAAAUCGAUCGUUUUACAAAUUGGGCCUGAUAGUGGGGAAGCAGCCAGGAUACUUCAUCAUCAUCCCAGUUCUACUAACCCUGCUUAUGGUCACCGGUUACCAACGGGUUCACUAUGAGAUGGAUCCUGAGUAUCUCUUCUCACCUGUCAGUGGUCAGGGAAAACUGGAAAGGAGAAUAGUCGAAGAACACUUCAAAGUCAACUACUCUCAUAGAUUUAACGUGGGAAGGAUUACUCGAGCAGGUAGGUUUGGCCGAGUUAUCAUAGUAGCCAAAGACAACAUCACGAAUAUGCUGCGAACAGAGGUGUGGAAGGAACUUCGUGAGCUGGAUGAACUGGUGCAGAACAUAACAGUUACUCUGCCAACUGGAGAGACCUUUACCUACAGAGAGGAAUGCGCUAAAUGGGAGGGACAGUGCUUCGUCAACGAUAUUCUAAAUCUGGAUAAGAUUAUUGGAGAAGUGGAGCGUGGCGAAUUGAACCUGACUUUCCCUAUAAUGUUUAAUCCUGUGACAUGGGAAGCGCAUGCAUUCCCCGUGUACUUCGGCGGGGCCACGGUUGUUGAUGAUACGAUCGUUUCCGUACCCGCAGUUCAGCUCGUCUGGUUUGUCAGGACUGAUAACAAAUUACAACAGGAACGAGGUGCAGCGUGGGAGGAUGCGUUUCUCGACGAAGUGGGCAUAGCUGAAGAUACGGGCCGAUUCAAACACAUAUCUGUCUCCCGCUUCGCAUCUCGAACUCUCGACCACGAACUGGAGAAGAACACACGAACUGUCAUACCUUUCUUCAGCUCUACUUUCAUUUUAAUGGGCAUAUUCUCCAUCAUUACUUGCAUGAUGGGAGACUGGGUGCGCUCGAAACCAUGGCUCGGUCUUCUAGGAAAUAUUUCUGCAGUCAUGGCUACUGUGGCGGCAUUCGGAUGUGCGAUAUAUCUAGGAAUUUCAUUCAUCGGAAUCAAUUUAGCUGCGCCAUUCCUAAUGAUUGGUAUCGGCAUUGACGAUACAUUCGUGAUGCUUGCGGCAUGGCGGCGUACAUCUCCCCGGCUGCCAGUACCGCAGCGCAUGGCCACCAUGCUGUCCGAGGCAGCCGUCUCUAUUACCAUUACCUCUGUCACAGACAUGCUCUCCUUCUUCAUCGGUAUCUUCUCACCAUUCCCCUCAGUGCAGAUAUUCUGCAUGUAUUCAGGUCUGGCUGUAUGCUUCACGUUCGUGUGGCAUCUGACAUUCUUCGCGGGCUGCGUGGCAGUGUCGGGUUACCGCGAGAAGCAGAACCGGCACACCAUCACCUGGCUGAAAGUAUUACCGGAGUCCAGAGCACGCAAAGAAGAGAAGUCAUGGCUUUAUCGGAUAUUCUGUAGCGGUGGAAUAGAUGUCGCCGACCCGGACAACCCGAUAGACAACAAAGAGCAUUGCAUUAUGGCUUUCUUCAAAACCACAAUGGCGAAUAUACUCAACAACAGCUUAGUAAAGGCGCUAGUGAUCGUUGUAUUCCUGAUGUAUCUUGCCGGAGCUGGUUAUGGAGUAACUAAUCUUAAAGAAGGUUUAGAAAGAAGGAAGCUGUCUAAGGUCGAUUCGUAUUCUGUAGAGUUCUUCGAUAGAGAAGAUCUUUAUUACAGAGAAUUCCCUUAUAGAAUACAGGUUGUCAUCACUGGGAACUACAAUUAUUCCGAUCCGCAAGUACAAGACGAAGUUGAAACGCUGACGCAAAAGUUGGAGAACACAUCGUACAUAUCGAACUCUCUAUACACAGAGUCGUGGCUGCGAACUUUCGUCAAUUACGUAUCGAGGAAUAACGAUUAUUUAAACGUCACAAUCGACAAUGAAGUUGAUUUUAUUAAAAAUCUAAAGGAGUUAUGGCUGUUCCCGGCAAAUCCGUUUUCUUUGGACGUUAAAUUCAACGAAGCAGGGAAUCAAAUUGUUGCUUCUAGAUUUUUAAUACAAGCUAUUAAUAUUAGUGGUACGAAUCAUGAGAAAGAAAUGGUUAAAGCUCUCAGGGAAGUUGUGGCCGAGUCGCCUCUCAACGCCUCUGUCUUCCAUCCAUACUUUGUCUUCUUUGAUCAGUUCGAACUCGUCAGGCCAACGUCUCUACAGAAUCUCUGCUACGGAGCGCUCAUGAUGAUGAUUACCUCGUUUAUAUUUAUUCCUAAUAUCUUAUGCUCUUUAUGGGUAGCUUUCAGUAUAAUUUCUAUAGAGAUUGGAGUCGUGGGAUACAUGGCACUCUGGGAUAUUAAUCUAGAUUCUAUAUCCAUGAUUAAUUUAAUAAUGUGCAUAGGAUUUUCCGUCGACUUUACUGCCCAUAUCUGUUACGCCUACAUGGCCUCUAAAGCAAAAACACCCGAUGAGAGAGUAAGCGAAUGCUUAUAUUCUUUAGGACUUCCAAUAGUUCAGGGUUCAUUCAGCACCAUUUUAGGAGUAGUGGCAUUGUUGCUGGCAGACAGUUACAUCUUUUCAGUCUUCUUCAAAAUGGUAUUCAUGGUCAUAUUCUUCGGCGCGAUGCACGGAUUAUUCCUACUACCUGUUCUACUGUCACUCUUUGGCCCCGGUUCGUGCACGAGAAAAACUAGCAACGUUAAAGUGUUGAAAGUGGAAAAACCUUUCCCCCAUCCAUAUAUUUUACCUCACCCACAAUUGGUAUUAAAUGAUCAGAUUUUUAACGGAAAAAACAUCAGUCCCAAUGGCGUCUACAAAAUCUACGGCGAUGAUAAGGACUUGGGUAUCGGUACUUCGGGCGAGGACACGAGCGAAAGCAGCUCCAACCAAUCUCAGAGGAGGCAGAUCGGCAACGAUGGAAACUCGAGAAAAAAAUAUGAAGACGGAUGGAAACGAUCGAGCUACCAGAGUACCAGUCAAUUCCAGCCUUCAGGUGAAUUAGAUCUUUAUGGACAUGACACAGACCGAACUUGGCAAAGACAACGUCACGAGGACGGUCGUCGAACUGGGGAAAAUUAUCGUAGAAGCCGUGAAUUACACAGAGACGACGAUUGGGUCGCACAACGCAAAACAAGCGACGCGGGCCCUCACCGUGAAGGUCCCUACAGGGUGAUGCGAGCGCACUCGCAUCACAACAUCCACAGGAACCGCGCGCCCAGACGUUCCAACUCCCACCACAACCUAGAACACUUAGAUUACGUAGCGGAAAUGCGUUUUCCUUGACAGUAACCGAUCAACCUCUCUAUUGUAUACAAAUUUAGUUAAAGAAUAAUUCAAGUGCUCAAUGUUUGGACCAAAGUUUUACUUUUCCUGUGUGGGAAUUGAAAAUGUUUUGCGCUUAAUUGUAAAAAAAAGUUGUAUUAAUAUUAUUGUAACGUGUACUUUUCAUCGUAAGAUUAGGUUUAUAGUAAUGUUAGGUGAUAUGCGAGACAUAACUAUAAAAGAUUGCAAAUAGUUAGAAAGGUGAAGAGAUUGGACGGAGAAUUGCCUCUGGGCCGAUUGACCGGUAGGUCUGUUGGUCCAACGGGAAACACCCGCUUGAACCCUCUGUGUUAUUUUUUUAACUCUAAAGAUCCUAAAUUCGUUUCAAUACGGCAAUGUCAAUGAAUAACGCAUGUCCCAAAUAUUUUCAAGUAUAUUGCGAUUAUAAAGUCCCAGUUUCGCAUAUAAAAUAUGUAGUUAGGAAUUGAUAUUUAUAAUACUAUGUUAUUGAAACACUUUAUCGGAGGAAGAGAUAUAUGGAGCAUGGUUAUGAAUAAUGAAUAAUUUAUAUCGAGUAUCAUUACGAGUUCCUAAUGUCUAUAUAAAUAUAGGCUAACAAAAUCGAUUUUAAUCCGAUUAUGCUACGCUCUUAAUCUGACAAAGUGUUGAAAUUCUAAAUAGAUAAGUUUUAUUUGAUAUGUGAGUUUGCACUUACGAAUCAUUAAACAUGUUUUUACGUUUUGGUUGUGCAAACUCACUGCUGUAGAUCUGGGAUGGGUGUGUCUUAGCCUUAUAGAAACUUGUACAUACGUGUAUUUAAUGUUUCCAUCAAUAUACGAAGCUUUAACGUUACCUUUUUAAAACUGUGUACAUAUUUGUUAUAUUUCUGCUGCCAUGUUGUGUCCUACAUAAAUCUGUGUACUUUACAUUAUAGGUCAUAUCUCCACAUUUUUAUACCAAUUUCAAUAAUCCUAAAAUAUCAGAUUAGUAAGAAUUACUUGUGGUCAAUAUUUAAAAUAUACUUUUAUAAAUACUACCCGUGCACAAUAACGUAACCUGUCAACAGACGUCACUGAUAUGAUAUCUUCAGACGUCUUUUUUCUGUAAUCAGGUAUCAUGUUAUUGUAGUUUUUCUGUAUAAAUGAAAAUCAUAAAACUUGUGGCUUCUGCGGCCAUUGCUAAGGACUGAAUAAUGUAAAUAUAUUUUGAAGUUAUUUUAUAUGAAAUAAAAUUAGUUUUUAUAA